GACAGAUGGACAGAUGAUAGAAAGAAGGACAGGCUGUCAUAUGCCACUGGAUUAUCUUGGAAUAUGUGAAGAAAUCCUGCAUUUGGAAGUUUGGAAUACUGAAGGUGGAAUGUUUGGAAUGGCACUCACCCUGGGUUAGGAAGAGAUCCAAAGUGGCAGCCAUUGUAGGCGGAAGGCAUACACACCCAUCAACACCCACUGGCAUUUGUAUGACACUGUCGUUGCAAUAGUGUUGGUACAUAUAUGUUUCCGUCUGAAAGACUACUGUGAUUAUUAUUAUUUGACCAUGCUGGUCAUUUAUGAACAUUUGAACAUCUUGGCCAUGUUCUGUUAUAAUCUCCACCCGGCACAGCCAGAAGAGAACUGGCCACCCCACACAGCCUGGUUCCUCUCUAGGUUUCUUCCUAGAUUUUGGCCUUUCUAGUGAGUUUUUCCUAGCCACUGUGCUUCUACACCUGCAUUGCUUGCUGUUUGGGGUUUUAGGCUGGGUUUCUGUACAGCACUUUGAGAUAUCAGCUGAUGUAAGAAGGGCUAUAUAAAUACAUUUUAUUUGAAAUCAAUUUUAUUUGAAAGAUAGUGUGUGGUAGUUGUAAUAGACAUGCUCAGACUACCCACAACCCACUUCUCUGUCUUCUUCACCCAAUGAGGCAGGCUGAAAGAAGCACCUCUUCAUGCAAAUGAUGUAACCAUCUGCUGAAGAGCUUGGUACCACAGGGUUCCGGACAGAAACCCCGCUCCAACAGCACCGCUGUGGUUCAGACAUGACUAUACUAUUUAUACAAUGGAUCAUAUGUCAUAACAUCAUAUCAGAUUGGUUCAAAACAAAGUAUUGAAUUGAGUCUUUAUGACAGAAGAGAGGUUAAUUUGAUCAUCAGAAAGGUGGUGAAUUGAGUCUUUAUGACAGAAGAGAGGUUCAUUUGAUCAUCAGAAAGGUGGUGAAUUGAGUCUUUAUGACAGAAGAGAGGUUCAUUUGAUGGUCAGAAAGGUGGUGAAUUGAGUCUUUAUGACAGAAGAGAGGUUCAUUUGAUCAUCAGAAAGGUGGUGAAUUGAGUCUUUAUGACAGAAGAGAGGUUCAUUUGAUCAUCAGAAAGGUGGUGAAUUGAGUCUUUAUGACAGAAGAGAGGUUCAUUUGAUCAUCAGAAAGGUGGUGAAUUGAGUCUUUAUGACAGAAGAGAGGUUCAUUUGAUGGUCAGAAAGGUGGUGAAUUGAGUCUUUAUGACAGAAGAGAGGUGCAUUUGAUCAUCAGAAAGGUGGUGAAUUGAGUCUUUAUGACAGAAGAGAGGUUCAUUUGAUCAUCAGAAAUGUGGUGAAUUGAGAUGAAAUAGCAGAAUGAGUGUUUUUUAUGAUCAGCUGCUGUUAGACAUAGUACUCCAAUACACCUGUCUGCAUCCAGCUGUUAACCAAUCAUAAACAUGUCUUUAAUAGGCCAAGUAGUGUUAUCUACCUUCUCUAAUAAUGUAUGACAGCGUGUAAACCAAUGCAGUAGUGUAGAGCUGUCCCUCUAACCUGUACAGUCUGUAUGAGGAAUGUCUCUAGAACCUUAUCAGUGGUCCUGGUCUUUGUAUUCAUGAUUACAUAUUGCUGUGUCACCAUGCCCAAAGGCUUAGUCAAACCAGACAGGCUGCACCAUCCUACACUCUUAUGGGUACAUACUACUGUACAUUCUCUAUCUGUCUGCCUGACUGAAAUGUUCACAUACAUAGUCCGUCUGUUGUUUUAGCCAAUAACUUGGCAGGACACUGAGGGGUUCAGUCAGCCAACCAAUGACUGAAGAAUGCAGGAUGCUGUCCUUGCUGGAAUGUUGUAGUAUAUGUCAUCAUAAGUUCAUGGGCAGAGUUUCUGUGUUCACUAUAGUUCUCAGUGAGAACGCCAUUUUAACCUCACAGGACACAGCAAGACUCCUCUUCGUCAUGUUCUUCUUCAUCCUCCUCCACUGCACCAUAUUGGUGACCUGCUGCUGGGCCCACAGACAGAACUACAGUUAUAUCUCUGACUCUGAGCCCCACCUGUGGGCUUAAGAGAGAAGAGAUGGACUUCUAACAACAACCUGGACCUCCAUGUUGCUUUGGGGCGGACUGACUCUGAGGCGUUGUGAGAGACAAUGGACAAUAAGCCCUCUAUGGCGUCCAUGUUGCUUUGGGGCGGACUGAGUGUGUGGGAAAAGUAUGCUAAUAUGGGCUUAUGCAGUCAGACAGGAACCUGUAGUUACCUAGAGACUGAGCUGGUCUAGGAACAGGAGAACGUGUUAAUGAACGGAGGCUUGGGAGGGAUCAGGGUUAUUAUUAUUAUUAAGCCUUAAUAAAUCCACAGUAAUGAUGAUCAACCCAGUUCAUCCCUCUACUAGGCAUGUUAUCAUGUAACGUAUUCCUUCUAUACAGCAGGGGAAACAAACCCAGUCCUCCAGGGCCUCUGGAAUGAUGCUCUCACUGUUGUACUCUACAGCAUACAGCUUCUGGUUAGAAAGAUUAUAGGGUGAAACUAGGUGAGACAGCUGUUGUACUCUACAGCAUACAGCUUCUGGUUAGAAAGAUUAUAGGGUGAAACCAGCACAACCAGUCUCUGCUGGACCUGUCUCUCCCUGCUGUAGAAGGCUCAAACCACCUGUAAGUCAAUGCAACUCAAUAUCACACUCAAUUUGUGCAAAUAUGUACAAAAAGUAUUUCAGCAGAUUUAGUGUAUUUUUAUGUGGCUUAAUUUGUGAAAAUACAAAAAAAAAUGCUCUUAGGUUUGCCCCCCAAAAAUGUAUUUUCCUAUAAAUGAAGUUGCACAAAAAUGUGUCUUUUCACACGAAUUAAGCCACACAAAAACACACAAAAUCUGCUUAAAUACUUUUUGUACAUAUUUGCACGAGUUGAGUGUGAGAUUGUGUUGCAACGUGUUAUAAAGUGCUUGAACGCAGAAGUACAGAGUAUCGCACCUCAAAUGUAUUACUGUUUUGAGUUUUGGCACCUCUUACAGAGUUUUACUUUAAAAUAUUGUGGCGUUCUGCCAGUGGCACAUAAUUAUAAACAGUAGGGGCGCCCAAAAUAAGUACUGUCACCUAUUUCAGUCCACUUCAAGCACUGGUGUCAUAGAUAGAUACAGCAGGUUGAUGUUGCGUUUCAGUGAGAACUUCAAGUUAAGAAAGUUACUCAAGUCUUUGUCAAUCCAAAGAGGAAGUGUCAACUGAAAUAUAAUUAUUUACAGUUGACAUCAAAGUAUGAUUUCAUUUGUAGGGUGACUGUACAGGGAAUAAUGUUUAUAAUAAGGGAAACAAUCAAUAUAACCUAUUUAUAGCACUUUUUACAGACAUUUGUCUCAAUGUUCUUAACCGCAACCCAGGCCUUAACUCCAUAACCAAAAGAGCAAAACAAUGUGAACGUGGCCUUCGGAGAAUCAGGUUAUUAUUACUGACAACGUCAUUAGGACAUGUCAAGAUUACAACAAAAUGUUUGCUCAAUCUCCUGAAAAAGCAGUGUACUACGUAAACCUAGUGUUUGUUUUGUCACAUACGCUCCCCAGCGCGCUGGCUCCGCAAAAGUGCUUCUGGCCUUUCGCCCUUCAAACAUGGACAGUUUUAUCUGGAAAUUAGUUUGACACAUGGACACGACACUAUCUGUACUUUCGCAAUAUCCGAUUUCUGAGAGUUCAUGUUGUCUGACCAGAAGAAACUGAGAUUUGGGGAUAUAUUCUCUGUGUAUCGCUGAAUCGUUACAUAUUGCGGGAUAAACUUGUAAUUGUAAUUUCCGAUUGAGCCGACAUGCAGCGUUUACCGUGAAUACUGUCUCCGCUAAAGCGGGAACAUUACCUUGACUUUUCAAUCACGCUGUAAAGCUGAACUUCCGCGAUACGGAUUGAAUAGAGCCCGUUGGGACUGUGUGUGUGUGUGUGUGUGUGUGAGCGAGAGAGAGAGAGAGAGAGAGGGGUGGUCCAUUUAGUUGAUGCCUGGGGUGUAAUUAGGCUAUUAGGACAAAUUCAUGUAGUUCCCUCCCCGUUUCGUCGUUUGAAACGUUUCUGCAACAGAUCUGGUGAUGUCUUCGCUUCUGUUAUUUUAUUAAAACACAGAAGGUGGUCUGAUCUAUUUGAGUUAUGUAAAUCAACAGCUGCUCAUAACGGCAGUCCAGACUCAGGCCAGCGGAGAGGUAGCCUGGAGAGCUUGUACGGGAACAGGGACAACUUGUAUAAAGUUUUUUUUCUGCGUUUCAAAUGAGUGUUAAUUGAUGUUUGAAAGGGAGCAGCUUUAUAAUCUAGUCUACUGAUACGGUGUGAUUGGAUUUACCGACACAGAGAGAUGUCUCGUAUUAAAGAAGCGUAAAGAUGCCAUCGUGGAUCAGGCUGGCGGUUCUCCUGUCUGCGCUGACAGUCCACUGCUUUCUGGACGGGACCUGUCCACGGAGAGACCCCCCUCCCAGGGUGCUGGUGGUGUCCCCAGGCAGCGUUCUGGUCUUGGCCUGUAGUGGUCAGGUGGAGGUGAACGGGCUGGAGGUGAUGGUUAACAGGGCCAAACACACCGGCACCACCACUGGAAAUGGAAAAUACACCAGUGUCAUUACCGGAGUACAGCCCACCACUGUCAGCACCACAACAAACACCACAUCUAACGGAACCACUGUCAGCACCACAACAAACACCACAUCUAACGGAACCACUGUCAGCACCACAACAAACACCACAUCUAACGGAACCACUGUCAGCACCACAACAAACACCACAUCUAAUGGAACUACAGUCAGUGCUAUAAAAGAAGGUAAUGAUAAUGGAACUACAGUCAGUGCUAUAAAAGACGACAGUGAUAAUGGAACUACAGUCAGUGCUAUAAAAGACGGUAAUGAUAAUGGAACUACAGUCAGUGCUAUAAAAGACGACAGUGAUAAUGGAACUACAGUCAGUGCUAUAAAAGACAGUGAUAAUGGAACUACAGUCAGUGCUAUAAAAGACGGUAGUGAUAAUGGAACUACAGUCAGUGCUAUAAAAGACGGUAGUGAUAAUGGAACUACAGUCAGUGCUAUAAAAGACAGUGAUAAUGGAACUACAGUCAGUGCUAUAAAAGACGACAGUGAUAAUGGAAUAGACACAUUUUCUACUGGAAAGGACACUAUUGUCCUUACCGUAACAGACACUCCUGUCAUAAGCUGGACAGAUGAUACCGGGACAGACAGUACGGAGAAAACCAUCAUCAGGAACACUCGUGCAGGAAACCACACUCUUACUGUGAGAGAAGUUAACAAAGGGAAUGGAGAGAAUGAGGAAGAUGAAACAGAGGAGGAGCACAAAGGAGGAGGAGAGCAGAGGGAUACAGGGCGGAGUCUUUACACUGUCAAUCAACCAGGACAUACAGAUCCACACAAACUAUUUCCUCUUACUGGGACAUCGCUCCAACCAACCAGAGACAGCGGAGUGGGAGGGGCUGACACUGAGCUGUCCUCUAAUCAGUGGACUGAUGCGAUGGACAGUGAGCAUGACUAUGAGGAAGAGGAGGAGAGGGGGAGGAUGCUGAGGGGGCUGAGAGGGAGUUCUCAGUGGAGACUGAACGGGAGGCCGCUGAGAGGAGGAGAGGAAAGAGGAGGAGUAGUGGUGUUAGGGAGGAGAGGCGCCACUCUGACCCUGCCCUCCCUGGCGGUGGGUGACUCUGGGAACUACAGCUGCCACCGCGGGGGCAAACUGGUCUCCUCUCUGAGGGUGAGCGUGGCAGUUCCCCCAGAGAGGCCUAAGCUGUCCUGCUAUAAGAGGUCACCCAGCAGUAAGAUCCGCUGUGAUUGGACAGCCAGUCAACCGGUGACUCCUGUCCCUCAGUGCUACCUCCUCCUACGGAAAGGUCUAUCGGGGUCAUUCUCUCGUGUCAACUGUUCCUACUCCGCCCUGCUGUCUCGGUGUUGGUGUGCUAUAGGUCAUCAAGAGAAGGAGAGUAGAGAGCCACACCUGGCCUACCUGUGUGUCACCAACACUGCUGGCAACACCACCAGCCCUCUCCUAGACUUCACACCUCUGGACAUUAUUAAUCCAGACCCCCCCAGCUCAGUGGUGGUGAGGGGUGUGGAGGGGCAGGAGAGGAGACUGAGGGUGGGCUGGGCUGUUCCUCACUCCUGGAAAGAGAGAGACCGCUAUCACGAGCUGCUUUAUGAGCUCAGAUACCACACCAUGCCACACGGAACACAGAUCAAAGGGACCACCACAGCCCGGUUCUACACUAUAACAGAUGCGUUGCCAGGAGUACAGUACCGGAUCCAACUCAGAGCUAAGGAAGAGUUUGAUGGCCACUGGAGUGAAUGGAGCACGGCUGUCUACGCCAACACCUGGACAGCCCCUGUGCCAACUGCAUCCAGCGAUCUUUCUACUGUUAUGUACUACACAGACGACACAGAUUCUGGCUCUGGUAUGACAGAAGAGAUAUCAGUCUCUGAGUCUCGGGGUGAUGUGGAGGUGUGGCCUCAUGUCCUGUGGGUGGUUGCUUCCUGUGUGCUGCUGUCCAUCACUCUGUUGUCCACCUACCUCUACAGACACAGGGAGAGGUUCCUGUCUAAGCUGUGGAGGUUGAGUCCCGUCUCCUCCUCUCCUGCUUGCCCCUCCCCCCCAGUCACAGCCCUGCCUACCCAGGAAGGACAUGCCCUCGUGAACUUUGACCACCCAAUCUACGGGGAACCUGUCCCACAGGAAGAAGAGAGGAAGGAGGAGGAUGAAGAGGAGGAAGAAGAGGAGAAGGGGGAAGUUAUUCGCUUUAACAACACAAGCUAUUUUCUGGUCCAGAGCAAAUGAUAUGCCUGCUCUUAAAACAAACCCCUUACCCUCUAUCCCAGCUCUUAAAACAAACCCCUUACCCUCUAUCCCAGGCCCUUACCGCUAGCCCCCUGUUCCCCUAGUCCAGGCCAGAGAAGCCCUGUUAUUUCACUGUUUGGAUGUGUGCAGUAUUUUGUUCUCAUUGGGGAAAAUGAGCCAGUAGAGUAAUGAUGUAAAUAUUCAUUUGUGUGUCUAUAAAAAAGUAUUGGGUUUUUGUAAAUAAUUUUGUCAGAAUGAAAUAAAUAGUUUUGAAUACAAA